ACUUCCACUUCCCUGUUUAGAUGAGAUCACAGGUGUAUACCACCAUAGUCAGCCUAACACUAGUAAUAAUCUUAUUUGAAGACGAACAUGUUAUCCGAGUGACUUUACCCUCUAGUGUGCCAUCGCGCCUGCCUCUGCUUGUAUCUUGUCACCAGGGCAGGUUGCAGACAGCACCUAGGAUGUGAGCUCUUUUCUGCCUGGGAGGGUCUCUGGAGCUGAGGCUGAAGAAACUACAAUGCAGCAGGAGCCUGAUGCGCUCACCUGGACUGCUGUCUGGAUCAAAACAGUGUCGUUGUUCUUCUCGGUGUUUAUAGUGCGUGCCCAGUGCCACAUGAAGGUCGGUGGAGUGGAUACCUGCUGCUGUUUCCUCACAGACCUUUUGAUUCUCACCCAGUCCAGAGCUCUGCUAACUACAGACUCUGCCUUCUCCGUGUUCCCAAAGCUAGAGACAUGACCUGACUCCCUGAUGACCACUCCCUGGGCCCUUGGGUGACUGGCCCGUGCACCAUGGAACUUAAAGUCUGGGUAGAUGGUGUUCAGAGGAUUGUCUGUGGGGUCACUGAAGUCACAACUUGCCAGGAGGUUGUAAUAGCCUUGGCUCAAGCUAUAGGUCGAACUGGAAGAUACACCCUUAUAGAAAAAUGGAGAGACACUGAAAGACACCUAGCACCUCACGAGAACCCUGUCAUCUCCUUGAACAAGUGGGGGCAGUAUGCGAGCGAUGUGCAGCUCAUCCUGCGGCGGACGGGGCCUUCCCUCAGCGAGCGGCCCACCUCAGACAGCGUGGCGCGCAUCCCCGAAAGAACCUUGUACAGGCAGAGCCUGCCCCCCUUGGCCAAACUGCGGACUCAGGUGGAUAAGUCAAUCAAGAGGCGGGAGCCAAAAAGGAAGUCACUGACGUUUACAGGAGGUGCCAAAGGGUUAGUGGACAUUUUUGGAAAAGGUAAAGAAACAGAAUUUAAGCAAAAGGUGCUGAGCAACUGCAGGACAACGGCAGGCGAGCUGAGGAAACUGGUCCGCCUGCAGACAGAGCGGCUUCAGGCCAUUGAGAAGCAGCUGGAAUCAAAUGACAUCGAAAUACGGUUUUGGGAGCAAAAGUAUAAUUCUAACCUCGAAGAAGAAAUUGUCCGCCUAGAACAAAAGAUCAAAAGGAAUGACGUAGAAAUUGAGGAGGAAGAAUUCUGGGAAAACGAGCUGCAGAUCGAACAGGAAAACGAAAGGCAGUUGCUGGAUCAGCUCGGAGAGAUCAGGCAGAAGGUCUCCGAGUGUGAGCACAAACUGAAGGACUAUGUGACCCAGAUCCACGCGAUGGAGAGCGGCCUCGAAGCAGAGAAGCUGGAGCAAGAGGUUCGGGUCAACGAGGAGGAGGUACAAGGCAAGAUCGGCAAGGUCAGAGGGGAGCUCGACCUCCAGGGCCAGCAGAGCCUAAGGCUGGAAAACGGCAUCAAAGCAGUGGAGCGGUCCCUCGGCCAGGCCACCAAGCGACUGCAGGACAAGGAACAAGAAUUGGAGCAGUUGACCAAAGAGUUACGGCAAGUCAACCUCCAGCAGUUCAUCCAGCAAACAGGCACCAAAGUGACCGUCCUGCCUGCCGAACCCACGGAGAUAGAGGCCUCCCAGGCAGACAUCGAGAGAGAGGCAGCGUUCCAGUCGGGGUCCCUGAAGCGGCCCAGCUCCUCUCGGCAGCUCCCCAGUAACCUUCGUAUUCUGCAGAGCCCCAUCUCGUCUGGCUUUAAUCCUGAGGGCAUAUAUGUAUAGCACCGUCCGUCUUUCAAGGUACCAAGGACAAUAAAAUAAAUUCCUUCUUCAUUUUGUGCCAAUGAUGAGCAGAGGGUCUACUUCAUGAGCCACCGCAUCUGUCUCCCUCCUGACCUGGACCCUCGUGGAGCCGUGCCGUGCACUGUUGCUAAGGAACACUGUCCUUGUGACAGUGUCGCCGUCUGUCCAGCAGCUGUAAAGCAAAGCCUUCGAGAGCGUUAGGAAAGCUACAUGAUGUGGACACAUAAAUAAAUCAUGAAUCAUGAGGAGUGAAAGACAUGACCGGCUUAGUUUCAUUUAUUCCAUACGAUUGACUAGAGUGUUUUUGUUACUUAUCCUGUGACUCAGUUGAGUUCACUUGUGUGAUUCAGGCUCUGUGUGCAUGUCACCAGAUCCCACCCACAUGCUGCCACUGACAGCCACAUGAGUGUCAUGUCGUGUGUCACUGUGGUGUGCUCUGCCAUCAGACCAACUCCAGCCACUGCUUUCUUGGGUGAAGUCAUUCAGGUUUCCUUUCCAUCUGGAGUUUAAUGUUUCCUCAUCAGUAUUUCCCAGUAUACAAAUAACUACAUAACAUCCUGGAGAUAUUUUUCAUGAGGUAAACUACACGGAGAGGGUUGGUGCCUGUUCAUGUACCGUCCAACGUCCAUCCAAGCAAGCCGGGGUCCCACACAUAGUGACAUGUCUGCCCACCCUGCCAUUUUCUCACGAUCCUCAGAAUUAGCACAGGAGUGGAGUUCCCAGUGUCUGAGGUCAGUGUGGCACACUUUGGGAAUCUUGCUUGGAGUGACGUAUUUUAAAAUGCCACCUCCUGAGUGUGGUCUUCAGGUGUACACCAUUCUCUCCAGUCACUUAGACAAGGGGACAGGACAGGAGUUAGGUAUUUUUUACCAGGGAAAUAAAGUGAAAUUCACAGUAUAUUCUUAAGUUUGACUUUUUUAGGGUAUUAAUCCCCAUCUAUGCACAUAUCAUUUAUAAAACCAAAAAUAGUCAGCAUCUCCCCCAUGAAUAGUGAGUGACUUAGCUGAGACUCGUAAGUGAUAUUUAGACACAAAAUACUGCCAAGCACCUCCGAUCAAUUUUGGAACAAUAUAAUAGAGACUUUAGAAUCAUUUUUUUUUAAUUCUCUGCAUGAUUUACAUGCAACAAAAUAAAAGUGGAUUCCCAUAGUAACUCCAUAGUAACACUGUAGUGACAGUAAAGAAAUGCCAUAUGCAUGAAGGCAGCUCGAGUGUUUGAGCACGUUUGACUUGCUUUGGGUUUGACGGAUGCUGAGAUGCUGCUGUAUGUAGGUUUGCUAUGAAAAUGUCAAGAGUGGCUGUGAAGACGCAUAGAACCCUGGGAGUAGAAUCAUGCCAGGCCUCACCUUGCUGGACGUGCUGCUUUUUUGGGAGUUCUUGAGCUGAUCUUGCCAUUUUUCACUAUUUUGCAAAUGACUUGAGAAACACAUGGUUUUCCCUAAAAAAAGCUCACCUUUCACACCUGCUCUCAGUUCACAAACUACUUCCUAUCUGUGUGUGUUGAAAAAUCCAAACUAGUUGUAUGUUUUGUGACAGUGAUGAUUUAUGAGGGCCAGCAUCUGCCUUGUGUAGAGUCCCAUCCCUGUAUUCAGUCAUUCUGUUGUUCAGAGAAACUGAGACCUUAUUCACAAAGAGAAACAUUUUAUAAAUUGAUGGUAUUCUAUUUAAAUCAAACAUUACACUUCUGGUGUGUUAAGCCUCACAAUUAGACAUUGCGAAGAUGCCACGGUGUGUUGUCGUAUCUCACAGUCAACGACCAACUUUAAACAGUGACAGGUAACAGCCACCACCUGGCAUGGCCCUGUUCUCCAGCUCAGUGUCACCAUUCACCUCUGUGACUUUAGCAGACUUUUCGGUAGAAAUUCCGUCUCCUAGAUGGGCAGAGGGCACAUGAGCAGCUGUACUUUUUAAUCAGCUCUAUUACUUCAGAAAGCACACACCUAAAGGAUAUUUCUAAAUCUCCUUUUAAAUAGAGAAAAACUAAUUUCUGUAGUAACAUCUUAAAAUAGUUAAGCUCUUUGUGAUCGUUUUUACCUAUUAUGACCUAUUUUAGGUCAAGUGCCAUGCUUGACCUCUCAGAGGGGCACAAACUAUCAAAUGCAAAAUUUUGCAUCUAGGGGAAUA